ACCCGGAAGUAAAGUGGGUGGGCGGGUCCUUAGGUGACGGAAGGGAUGGCACCCAGAAAGCGGCUGGAGCCGCACAUUCUCCGUUGUCCGCCGCUUUCAGAUCGGAGUGGCGGCGUGAUGUGACUGGGUCGCUCUCCCGGCCUCCCGGCGGAGGAAGGUGCAGAGCAUGGAGAAUGAUGAACUUCCGCCAGAGGAUGGGAUGGAUUGGUGUGGGAUUAUAUCUAAUAGCAAGUGCAGCAGCCUUCUACUAUGUUUUUGAAAUCAACGAGACUUAUAACAGACUGGCACUGGAACACAUUCAGCAACUCCCUGCAAAGCUCAGAGACGAAAGCACCUGGAUGCAUUCCUUAAAGACACGACUGCUGUCCUUGCCUUUUUGGCUGUGGACCGUUAUCUUUUUAGUCCCCUAUUUGCAGAUGUUCUUGUUCCUGUAUUCGUGCACCAGAGCCGAUCCCAAAACGGUGGGUUACUGCAUCAUUCCUAUCUGCUUGGCUGUCAUUUGCAAUCGUCACCAAACGUUCGUGAAGGCCUCCAAUCAAAUCAGCAGACUCCAGUUGAUUGACACUUAAAAUUAUUCUGAAUUUUUCUCAUGAGCUGUUUUUGAUAAUCAUGAAGCUGUGCUUGGCUGUGUCAACUGAACACGUGGAUGGAACUUAGGAGUCUUUUUAUCAAGUCGUUAACUACUGAGUAGAGCACCCGCCUUCUAUUUUUUAAAGAAGUUGAUUUUAAAUAUGGCUAAUUUAUACUUGGGAGAAUGACAGAGGGCCAUCUUUGAGACUUGAGAGGGACAUUCUUCAUAUUGCCUUACGAUGCAGAAUUUCUACACUCCAUCUGAAUCUUUUGUGGGGAAACUAUUGGAAACCUUAAUUCACUGUGCACAACACACCCCAGCUCUUUCAAGCCUACUUUUAAAAGGAUAAUCAGUGAAAAAGGACUUCUUUAUACUAAUGUAUAAAGUUUGGAAUGAUUAAAAAAGUGGCAUUUAAAACAUGGUUGUGCUUUCUCUUGCACUCAAUAAACCAGGGUUUCAUUCGUACACAUGAUGAAAAGGAAA